GUCAUUAUUUUUUUUCUCCAGGGAAAUGAGGCGAGUUAUCCUUUGGAAAUGUGCUCACACUUUGAUGCUGAUGAAAUUAAAAGGCUAGGAAAGAGAUUUAAGAAGCUCGAUUUGGACAAUUCUGGGUCUUUGAGUGUGGAAGAGUUCAUGUCUCUGCCUGAGUUACAACAAAAUCCCCUAGUACAGCGAGUAAUAGAUAUAUUCGACACAGACGGGAAUGGAGAAGUAGACUUUAAAGAGUUCAUUGAGGGAGUCUCUCAAUUCAGUGUCAAAGGAGAUAAAGAACAGAAGUUGAGGUUUGCUUUCCGUAUCUAUGACAUGGAUAAAGAUGGCUAUAUUUCCAAUGGGGAACUCUUCCAGGUGCUGAAGAUGAUGGUGGGGAACAAUCUGAAAGACACACAGUUACAGCAGAUCGUAGACAAAACCAUAAUAAAUGCAGAUAAGGAUGGAGAUGGAAGAAUAUCCUUUGAAGAAUUCUGUGCUAGGGGCGGGAAGACGGGCCUCUUCGCCGGCCGGGCCUCCUCGGUGUCCAUGCGGCCCGCGUCCCCGCCCUCCCCAGGCGUGGACAGCUGCUCGGCCUGCCGUUUCUUCGCCCGCCGACCACCUUUGCGGGUGACCUCGGUAAAGCCGUCCUCGGCCAAAGGGCUCUGUGACUCCAUCUCGGUUUCCAUCCUCAGGAAUCUUCGGCCCCUGCACAGGCUUCCGUCUGGAACACGUGCGGGGCUGCACUACGCAGGCGCACCCCGCAGGACCCAGCCUUUGCCAACCAGCCCCAGGCGUUUUGUUAGGGAAAGGGUGUGCCCCUUAGAAGAAGCGAAAUCAGUCAACUGGACCAUGUCGGCCUUCGAGAAGCCUCAGAUCAUCGCCCAUAUCCAGAAAGGCCUCAACUACACGGUGUUUGACUGUAAGUGGGUGCCCUGCAGCGCCAAAUUUGUGACCAUGGGCAACUUCGCCCGGGGCACCGGCGUCAUUCAGCUGUACGAGAUCCAGCACGGGGACCUAAAGCUGCUUCGGGAGAUCGAAAAAGCCAAACCCAUUAAAUGUGGAACAUUUGGUGCAACAUCUUUACAGCAGAGAUACUUAGCUACUGGAGAUUUUGCUGGAAACCUUCAUAUAUGGAAUUUGGAAGCUCCAGAGAUCCCAGUCUAUUCUGUAAAGGGCCAUAAGGAAAUUAUAAAUACUAUAGAUGGUGUAGGUGGACUGGGAAUCGGGGAAGGAGCACCUGAAAUUGUGACUGGCAGCCGAGAUGGAACCGUGAAGGUGUGGGACCCGAGGCAAAAAGAUGAUCCUGUUGCUAAUAUGGAACCAGUACAAGGAGAAAACAGGAGAGACUGCUGGACCGUGGCAUUUGGCAAUGCUUAUAAUCAGGAGGAACGUGUUGUCUGCGCUGGCUAUGACAACGGAGAUAUCAAACUGUUUGAUCUCAGAAGUAUGUCAUUGCGGUGGGAGACAAACAUAAAAAAUGGGGUAUGUAGCUUGGAGUUUGACAGAAAAGACAUAAGCAUGAAUAAGUUAGUGGCUACGUCCCUGGAAGGAAAGUUUCACGUUUUUGACAUGAGAACACAGCACCCAACCAAAGGCUUCGCUUCUGUUUCAGAAAAGGCUCACAAGUCGACCGUGUGGCAGGUCCGGCACCUGCCGCAGAACAGGGAGCUUUUCCUGACAGCCGGGGGCGCCGGCGGCCUGCACCUCUGGAAGUAUGAAUACCCGAUUCAGCGGUCAAAGAAAGAUUCCGAGGGUGUAGAGAUGGGAGUUGCGGGCUCGGUCAGCCUUCUGCAAAAUGUUACAUUGUCCACUCAGCCCAUCUCAAGUUUGGACUGGAGUCCAGACAAGAGGGGUCUCUGCAUCUGUAGUUCAUUUGAUCAAAUGGUAAGAGUGCUGAUUGUUACAAAACUCCAGAAAAUUUGACCUGAAGACUUUGGACUGGAAACCUUCCAGAGGAACACUCACAGAAUUUGGAAUAUGUUCUGGGGUCCUCUGACUCUCACUGAACAAAGCUGGAUUUGAUCGAUGGAAAAGGCCCCAGAUGCAGACCUCCAGCCCAGCCUUUCUCUGGGUGGGAAAUGCCAAGCUAUGUGUCCGGGGACCUGACUGGCCACUGGUUUGCGCCUCGGUCUCCAGCUCCAACACUGUUCCUCUCUCCUCUAUCUCUAAGUAAAAGUUGAAACUUUUCUAUAUUUAAACAUUUAAAAUUUUCAGCAUCCUGAGUUCCUUAUUCUGUAAUAACACUUCUGUUGUAUUUUGGUAUUUGCAGUGUUGUGGUAGUGACUUCAGUUGGUUUAAAAUAGUUUGCCUUGGUAAAACCUCUGUGAAUUUAACCUUCAUAAAUAAAUACACUUUUGAGAGA